AUGUUCCAUUCUCACAUUCUAAUUCUACGGUUACACUACUGUACAGACCAUGGAAUUAGAAUGUUCCAUUCUCACAUUCUAAUUCUAUGGUUACACUACUGUACAGGCCAUGGAAUUAGAAUGUUCCAUUCUCACAUUCUAAUUCUACGGUUACACUACUGUACAGGCCAUGGAAUUAGAAUGUUCCAUUCUCACAUUCUAAUUCUAUGGUUACACUACUGUACAGACCAUGGAAUUAGAAUGUUCCAUUCUCACAUUCUAAUUCUAUGGUUACACUACUGUACAGACCAUGGAAUUAGAAUGUUCCAUUCUCACAUUCUAAUUCUAUGGUUACACUACUGUACAGACCAUGGAAUUAGAAUGUUCCAUUCUCACAUUCUAAUUCUACGGUUACACUACUGUACAGGCCAUGGAAUUAGAAUGUUCCAUUCUCACAUUCUAAUUCUAUGGUUACACUACUGUACAGGCCAUGGAAUUAGAAUGUUCCAUUCUCACAUUCUAAUUCUAUGGUUACAUUACUGUACAGGCCAUGGAAUUAGAAUGUUCCAUUCUCACAUUCUAAUUCUACGGUUACACUACUGUACAGGCCAUGUAAUUAGAAUGUUCCAUUCUCACAUUCUAAUUCUACGGUUACACUACUGUACAGGCCAUGGAAUUAGAAUGUUCCAUUCUCACAUUCUAAUUCUACGGUUACACUACUGUACAGACCAUGGAAUUAGAAUGUUCCAUUCUCACAUUCUAAUUCUAUGGUUACACUACUGUACAGGCCAUGGAAUUAGAAUGUUCCAUUCUCACAUUCUAAUUCUAUGGUUACACUACUGUACAGGCCAUGGAAUUAGAAUGUUCCAUUCUCACAUUCUAAUUCUAUGGUUACACUACUGUACAGACCAUGGAAUUAGAAUGUUCCAUUCUCACAUUCUAAUUCUAUGGUUACACUACUGUACAGGCCAUGGAAUUAGAAUGUUCCAUUCUCACAUUCUAAUUCUAUGGUUACACUACUGUACAGGCCAUGGAAUUAGAAUGUUCCAUUCUCACAUUCUAAUUCUAUGGUACAUGCUAUAUCCAAACAACAUCAUCAUCAUGCACUCUCAUUGCAGUAGGUUUCACAUUGGGAAGAAUGGUAUUUGUACAAGGUGGUGAACUUAAUGUUAAUGGUUUAUUUAGCUGGCUUGGGAAACCAUGGGUCCAAUGUAGCUUGUCAAUAGCAGUAUGGUGGCUGACUCCAUUCAAAUAGACUUUGGGGAGAGGCACCUGCUAUUAGCUUGAAGGAUGUCUCAUGAUUGACUAGACGUAGGACACUCAGUGACCUACGUUGUAAUACAAAUACCACAGCGCUCUUAAUGCCAUGUUCAUGCUGAGUGAUUUGAAGGUAAUACGACCAGAGAUCAACUUAAAAGUGGACCAAAUUUAAAGGUUCUAGUCAUGUUAAUGUAAUGCCGAUUUUAAAAAUAUUUUUUUUAUAGCCAAUAGCUUUACUUCUAGAAGUUUCCCUUAUGUAUCCCUCCAGCACUGUAAUAAAUACAGCAAGGUGUUCUGUCAGGCAGCAGCUCUUCAA